AUGGAUAUGUCUGGCGUGUUUCGCUUCCACGGUGGUGGACCUCGUCUGCGUACCGCUUGGGCUCAUUGGGGCGAUCGUGCCGACGAGGACGUACGCGUACUUCGCAGACACCUGGAGCAUCCUGACGGACAAACAUACAGAGUUCGUCUUCGGUUUCAGCCCCGAGCUGCGACUGAUGUGGUUCUGCCUGUUCUUCCAGGCGCUGGGCGACCUCCUCUGCCUGACCGUGUGUGCUCCCUCGCUGGUGGUGCCGACCAGGCUGUACGCAGUCACCCGGGGCACUGUCGCCAACGUGGGGGUGCUGCGAUGGAAGCGCCACCGCGACGACCAGGAGUACAUCUCCCUCCACGGUUUGUGGCUCGCGAGCCCCCUGGAAGGCGCCGCGGAGGCCGCGGCGCUGGCCCUCGGCGCCGUCGGGCUCCUCUCCGGCAUCCGGAGCUGCCAGACGCUGACCGGGACGCCCGCGCCGCCCUUCGGGGAGGUGAGGCCACGGGCUCCACGCCGACCGACGCGGUCUUCAGGAGCCACGGGUUCAACUCCGGCCUGGUCGCGGCCCUGUGCGCCAACGGCGCCUCGGUGGUCGUGGACGUCCUGUUCCUGCCCCUGCUGCUGGCCCUCGGCCUCGGCGCCUGGAGGCUGCCGCCGGUGGCCGCGGAGCUGCGCCGCGGCGUCGGCUGGCGGGCCCGCCGGCGGAUCCUGCUGCAGUUCGCGCGGCUGGCCCUCGACCUGCUGCUGGCGGUGCCGCUGGCCCUCGUGGUCGUGUCCUGGCGCCCGGCGCCCCCGCGAGUCGCCCAGGCGGCGCGGGAGUUGUGCGGCAGCGGUUCCGCGGGUGGCGGUUCGACCGAGGGCGCCGCCGACCUGGAAGCGGCGUCGGAGGGAACGGGCUGCCUGGGGCGGUCGCUGCCGGCGCGGGCGCAGACCAGCGGCGAGGCAGUUCGGGAAGAGGGGGGGGAAGAUUGCUCGCCUGUCACGGAGUGCCAUGCGGAGAUCCUGAGAUCUUUUGGCCUGGUGGUUCUCGACCUUCUCGUGGCGCCGCUGGUCGUGGCGCUGGCGCUGCUCGCGUUCUACAGGGUGCCCGCGCUCGCUGGCGGCUUCCGAGGUCGCGGCUUCCUGCUGAAAGGACUGCGUUUCCACAGGGAGGUCUUCGUGCAGCUCAUCGGGUUCGCGAUGGACCUGCCUUUCUUGCUGGUCGGGUUGGUCUUACUUCUCAGCGGAUGGCGCGCCGAUCUGGCGCUGAGGGCGUGUGGGCGGAGAUCGGGGAUGACGUAUGGCGAGAGGCGGCGGCUCGUUGGCAAGCAGUUCCUCUUCCUCCUCCGGGACGUGGCCAUGCUGGGGCCAUUCGCGCUCGUGGUGAUCACGCUGUACAGGCUGCCCUCGCUGGUGUUAGCGCUGAAGGCCCGCAUGUCCAGGCUGCUGGCGGAGGAACCGGAGAUGCAACCCGUCGAGGUGCGCCUCACUGUGCCGGACCCCAAGGGCAAUCCCACCUGUGUCGUCCGGGCGUCGAAAUCGCCCAACUUGUCGGGGGUCGCCUCCAUGCGGCUGCAGAUCACAGGCGACGACUUCUGGAAAGCGAUCGCCCAGCAGAAGGGCGCCACCAUGGCGGCUGCUGCCCGGGCGAUGCUGCCACUGGCCCUGCGCCACGGCAAGGAGGUCGAUCUUGGGAGCGUGCAGCGCGGACGGGACGAGGCGGAGCUGUCCAUCGAGCUGCAGCAGUCGGUCAAGCGCAAGACGGCGCUCAAGGUGCUGCAGGGUCUGCCCAGAGGCGUGGAGCUGCUGGUCCAGCUGGAGGCGCGGCUCGACUCCGGCCGCGACGCGGUGCUCCUGGCGGUGCCGCUGACCGCGGGGCAGCUGGCGGACUGCGUCGCCUCUGCGGGCGGGCGGGUGCAGCAGGUGGCGCAGCCCGGCCUCGGCGAGGGCAGGCUGCAGGAGCUCCGCGGCUCGGCGGCCGGCAUGCUGAGGCGCGAUGUCUGGUGGGCGCCCGUGCUCGCCGAGGGCCUCCAGGUGCUCACCGACCUGGCCCACCUCGCCCUCCUCGUGGGCCUGCUCGCCUGCCCCUGGCGCCUCGCGCUGGCGCUGGCGCAGCUGUCCGAGACGCGGGGCCGGCGCAUGGGCCGCCGGGCGGGCGCGGUGCUGGUGGCGCUGGACUUCUGGGAGGCGGAGUGCAGGCGCCUCAUGCUGCGCGUGGUGCCGCUGGCGAACGGCUACGCGAAGGCAGCCGUCCGCGCGGGCUCCGGCCCCGCAGCGGGGACGCCCCGGGGCGGAGCCCGCAGAGCCGAGAGCCGCGCCGCCCGCGACGACGACGACGACGACUUCGAGCAGGGCCUGGAGACGUGCAUCGGCGUCUGCUGCUGCGUGGUCUGCCCGUGCUGCCCCAAUUAUGCCGACUUCGACUCCGACUCCGACGUUUUCUCCGUGCCCGCGCGAUCCUCCCGCGGCCGCGGCCACGGCGGCGGGAGUGCCGCAGACGCGCUGGACAGGAGGCUGAAGCGGCUCGGUCGGCCGCUGGUGGCGGCGCGCACGCUGCUGCGCCAAACGCGGAAGCGCUGGCCUGAGGAGCCCGAAUGGGGUUUCCUCAGCGACGCGGUCGACGCCCGCCUCGAGGCUUGGUCUCAAGCAUUCUUCUGGACGUUGCUGCUGCCCGAGGUUCACCUCCUCCUGGCCGGCCAUAAGAUCACUCGGGACGAGCACUCGAGGCUCUGCCAAGCCAUCCGGAGGAGAGCAGAGCCUCAGGCGCGAGAACUUCGCUGCGCCCUCCAGCUGCAGCAGCAGAUCGCUUGCGAGCAGUUUCGGUCCCGCAGGAAGGCCCAGUCGACGUGCUACUCCAUCAUUCGGGAGCACACGUUCAAGAGCAUCACAGACAUCCUUGCGCUGCCAGCCGUCCUGCUGCUGGGAAUGACCAUUUACAGGUUGCCGAACUUGUCGGCUGGGCUCGCGAGACCAUUCGACAUGAGGCGGUUCAAGACAGCGGUGAAGUUACAAGCCGUCGGGUUGGGAAGCGACAUAUUGGUGCUCAUGCAGUUCCUUGUGCUCGCCGCGCUGUUGGCAGGCACUGUCGUCAAGCUGCCCGACUUCCUCUGGGGCCUCCAGCCCGCGCGGGGGCUCCGCAAGGCCCGCGGCUGGGCGCUCGCGAAGGUCAGCGAGUUGGUUGUUGGCCUCGCCGAGCUCAUCACCUUGCUCUUCGCCUGGAAGGCGUACAGGCUGCUGGUCACGGCAGUCGUCUUCGUCACCCUGACUCCAGCGGCCAUGUUGGCGCUGACCCUGCCGCGCAACUUGCCGUCGCGCGUCCGCUUCGGGCUGGCCUCUGCCGUUUGGCUCGGCGCCGCGGCCCUCGGCUUCGUCGUCGGCGACCUGGCCGGGCUCGCGGCCGCGGCUGCGCUCCUGGCCACGGCCUCUGCUGGCCUGGCGGCCAACGAGGCCCUCCAUGGCCCGGAGGGGUGGGCAGUGCGCCGAGACGGGGACUGGUGGAGCCCGCAGGCACGAUGGACGGCACCGAACCUCUUCGCGUUGAUGGGCAUCGUGGCGGACGGCGCGGUGAUGUGCUGGGCCGGGGCGGCCCUGGCCAGCCUGGCGCCUGGCCCCGCCGAGCUCACCGGCGCGGGCGUCGGACCAGCUGCCGCGGGCGUUGGCGUGGUGAUCGCAGCGCUGCUUCACAUCACCCUGCCGAUGGUCGUGGAGGAGGAGGAGCGGGCCGACGUCGUGGAGGACGCGGCCUGGCGCGCAGCCCGCCAGCUGCUCCAGGAGGUGCUGUUCUUGCCGACGGUGGCCGUCCUCGCUCCCAUGACGCCGCGCCACCCGGCCUGGACGCUGCCCCUGCUCUACUUCGCGGUGGUCGCCGCGCUCUCCCCCGCCGCGUGGGGCACGCCGCUCUCGCGGGCCGGGCUCCUGGAUAUCCGCACGCUCGGCCUCGCCUCGAGCGGCAGGCAGCUCCUGCUGGCGGCGGCCGUCGUCGUGGCCGCGCGCGGCUGGCGCCUGCCCUUCGCCUCGCUGGCCGCCGCCGCCGCCCUCUGGACGCUCGCCUGGACGCCGCGGGGCGCCGCGGUGCGCUGGGCGGAGCUGCUGCGCGCGGGCGCCGCCCUCGCCGCCGCGGGGGCCGCGCUGGAGGGCCUGCCCCGCGGCCCGCUGGUGGCGGCCGCCGCCUGCUGGGCGGGGCUCACGGCGGCCUUCGCCGCCGCGUCCGGCUGGCAGCUGGCGGCGACGGCGGUUCCGCAGGCCGUCGAGACGCUCGGGCUACUCCAGGCGCGGCUGUCCCUCUGGGGCGGCGAUGGCCCGCAGCACCGCGUGGCGCUCGGCGCCUCGGUGCCGGGCGCGGCCGCGGCGCUGCUCGACCUGGAGGAGCGCACGCCCUUCGACCGCCUGCGGCUCGGCUUCCUCCGCGCCAGAGACGGCUGGCGGGCCCAGCUGCGGCGCGCGGCGGACUAUGGCGACGUCCUCGCGCAGCUGAAGGAGCUCGAGGGCGCCCUGACGGAGCCGCCCACGCGCAUCCUGAUCCAGCAGGUGCUCGAGCGCAUGCCGCUCGCGCGUGGCCGCCGCCUGCCCGCGCCCCUUGCGGCCGAGAUCGCGGCGCUGGCCGUGCCGCGGCCCGGCGCCAGGCCGCCGGAGCCCCCGCGCGGGUGGGAGCACGGCAGGCUGGACUUGGUGGCCGCGCGCCAGGCGGCCGCGAGCGAGGCGGCGAAGCUGCCCGCGCAGCUGCAGACGCGCGCCGGCGAGCGCCCCAGGCGCAGCACGAGGAGCGGGGCAAUCGUUUCCGAACGUCGGGAGGUCCUUCUGGCACCCUCGCCCGCCGUCAUGGGCGCCAGCACCGUGGCCUCGCCCAGCGACGGCGCUGAGGAGGGCGGCCUGCCCGCGGGCCGCUUGACUGCACUCCCCUGA